AUGUCGAUCCAAACGGUCUCUUUUUCUCCCUUCACUGACCAGAAGCCGGGCACCUCUGGUCUCCGCAAGAAAGUCAAGGUCUUCCAGCAGCCCAACUACUCCGAGUCCUUCAUCACUAGCAUUCUCCUCUCCAUUCCAGAGGGCGUUGAGGGCUCCUUCCUCGUCAUUGGUGGUGAUGGUCGUUACUACAACCCUGAGGUGAUCUCCAAGAUUGCCAAGAUCGGUGCCGCCUACGGUGUCAAGAAGCUCCUGGUGGGCCAGAAUGGCAUUCUUAGCACACCUGCUGCUAGCAACCUGAUCCGUGUCCGCAAGGCCACUGGUGGUAUCUUGCUCACUGCUAGUCACAACCCUGGUGGUCCCGACAAUGACUUCGGUAUCAAGUACAACCUGGCCAACGGUGCCCCUGCCCCGGAGACCGUGACCAACAAGAUCUUCGAGACCUCCUUGUCCCUGAAAUCCUACAACUAUGUCGAUAUCCCCGAGGUUGACACUUCUGUCAUCGGCACCAAGGCCUACGGUCCUCUGGAGAUUGAGGUUGUCCACUCAACCGCUGACUACGUGACAAUGAUGAAGGAGAUCUUUGACUUCGAUCUGAUCAAGGAAUUCCUGAGCACCCACAAGGAUUUCAAGGUUCUCUUUGACGGUAUGCACGGUGUGACCGGUCCUUACGGCGUGGACAUCUUCGUCAAGGAGCUCGGUCUGCCCGCUAGCAGCACCAUGAACUGCGAGCCCAAGCCGGACUUUGGCGGUGGUCACCCUGACCCUAACCUGGUGUAUGCCCACGAGCUGGUUGAGGCCGUUGACAAGAACGGUAUCCACUUCGGUGCUGCCAGUGACGGUGAUGGUGACCGUAACAUGAUCUACGGUGCCAACAGCUUCGUCUCCCCCGGUGACAGCUUGGCUAUUAUUGCCCACCACGCUAAGCUGAUCCCCUGGUUCAAGAAACAGGGUGUCUACGGUCUUGCCCGCUCCAUGCCUACCUCUGGUGCCGUUGACCGCGUCGCCCAGGCUCAGGGUCUCCAGAGCUACGAGGUGCCCACUGGCUGGAAGUUCUUCUGCAACCUGUUUGACAACAAGAAGAUCUCCAUCUGUGGUGAGGAGAGUUUCGGUACUGGUAGCAACCACAUCCGUGAGAAGGAUGGUGUCUGGGCUGUUGUUGCCUGGUUGAACAUCAUCGCCGGUGUUGCCAAGGAGAAGCCUGAGGAGACUCCUAGCAUUGGCUCUAUCCAGAAUGACUUCUGGAAGACCUACGGUCGUACCUUCUUCACCCGGUACGACUAUGAGAAUGUUGACAGCGCAGGCGCCGACCGCGUCAUCAGCACCCUGGCGGAUGUUAUUGCCCAGAGCAGCCCAAUCAGUGCUGCUCCCGCUAUUGCUGGACGCAAGAUUAUUGACGCUGGAAACUUCUCUUACACUGACCUGGACGGCAGUGUCUCCAAGAACCAGGGUCUGUACCUCAAGUUUGACGACGGCAGCCGUAUCGUUGUCCGUCUCUCUGGUACCGGCAGCAGUGGCGCUACCAUCCGUCUGUACAUUGAGCGCUACGAGAGCGACAGCUCCAAGUUUGGUCUCAGUGCUCAGGAGUACCUGCGCGAGAACAUCGACAUGGCUCUGAAGCUGCUCAAGUUCCAAGUCCAUGUUGGUCGUGAGGAGCCUGAUGUCAGGACCUAA